UUCGACAUCAGUCAACCGCUAUCAGUUAUCCACUGAUCGGAAUAGGCAGAAUGAAGAUUUUUAUACCUCUAUUAACCAACCUUCUAGUAGGGCUGACCACUGCUUUGGACUGGUGGGAGCACGGAAACUUCUACCAGAUUUACCCACGAUCCUUCAAGGACUCCGAUGGUGACGGAAUUGGUGAUCUGGAUGGGAUCACCGAAAAACUGCAAUAUCUGAAAGACAUAGGAAUGGAUGGAAUUUGGUUGUCACCGAUCUUCUCUUCGCCGAUGGUUGACUUUGGCUAUGAUAUUUCAAAUUUCCGUCAGAUUCAAGCGGAAUACGGUGAUCUGGACGCUUUCCAGAGCUUGUCCGACAAGUGUAAGGAACUGGGUUUGCAUCUGAUCUUGGAUUUCGUCCCGAACCAUACCAGCGAUCAACACGAAUACUUCAUAAGGUCUGUGGAAAAAGACGAGACGUACAAGGAUUUCUACGUAUGGCAUCCAGGGGUAGACGGCCCGAACAACACCAAAGUUCCACCAUCAAACUGGUUAAGUUUGUUCCGUGGAUCGUCGUGGGAAUGGAAUGAACAGCGUCAGGAGUUUUAUCUGCAUCAGUUCCUAAAGCAACAACCGGAUCUUAACUACCGCAAUCCAGCAGUAGUUGAAGAGAUGAAGAACGUGCUCCGCUACUGGUUGGAUCGUGGAGUUUCUGGGUUCAGAAUUGAUGCCGUACCUUAUAUCUUCGAAAGUGCCGAGUACGACGGACGUUACCGUGAUGAGCCACAGAGUCGAGCCUCCAACGAUCCCGAGAAUGCAGCCUAUUUGACCCAUACACAAACCAUGGAUCAACCGGAAACCUACGACAUGAUAUAUCAAUGGCGUGCAGUUUUGGACGAGUAUACCGAGAAAGACAAUAGAACUCGAAUUAUGAUGACCGAGGGUUAUACAAGUCUUCCGAAGAUCAUCGAGUUCUUCGGUAACGCUACCGCUAACGGGGCACAGAUUCCGUUCAACUUCGUAAUGAUGGGUUACAUUGACAAGACCAGCACUGGCGCAGACUUUGCCAAAUACGUCAAAACCUGGUUGGAUGCCAAACCAGCGAACAGGCGAUCCAACUGGGUACUGGGAAAUCACGACAACAGUCGCAUUGGAUCUCGCCUGGGCGAGAGCAAAAUCGAUUUAUACAACAUCGCUUUGCAAACGUUGCCGGAUAUUGCCGUCACGUACUACGGCGAGGAAAUCGGAAUGCUCGAUCAGUGGAUUCCUUGGAAUGAAACCGUUGAUCCGGCUGCCUGUAGAACGGAUGAAGCUACCUUUUCCGCUUACUCACGAGAUCCGUUUCGUACGCCAAUGCAGUGGGACAAUGGAAAGAACGCAGGUUUCUCUAACGCAGCUAAAACGUGGCUUCCGGUGGCGGAGAACUAUAAGUCCCUCAACGUCCAGGCUCAGAACCGGGCUCGCAAGACCCAUCUGAAGAUAUUCAAGAAGCUGACCAAGUACCGCAAGCGCCAAAUCCUGGCCGAAGGAGACCUCGAAAUCCUGGUGUCCGGGGAGAAUCUGCUCGUGUACAAACGGAAGGUCGAAAAGGUGGGCUACGUGGUCGUCGCGCUGAACUUCGGAACGGAACCGGUUGCGCUGGGUUUGACCAGUUUGUACAGUGGAGUUGAUAAACGAAUGCAAGUGGUGGUGUCGUCUAACAAGGUCGCUACUGCGGAUAAGUAA